GGGCUCGGGGUGGGGAGGGAACGGGGGGCUCGGGGGGUCGCGGUGCGCCCGGCAGUGCGCGGCUCGGGGUGCCCCGCACACAGGGGGUGCGUGUCUCGGUAGCGGGGUGCGGGACCGAGCCCCCAGCCCGCUCCCCUCGGCGAGGCGGCCGCGACCCCGCCCCGCUGCCCCGGGGCAUCGCCCCUCGCCCCGGCCCGCCCGCAUCCCGGGCCCGGCGGCUGCCAUGGCAACGCAGGGGACCGCGGUUUCCCUCAUCCCGCCGUUGCCUGGUUACCAGCCCCCCGCGCUGGGGAGUAUGCCCCGGCGGACCCCACCCGAGACCCCCGCGGGGAGAGCACGGGCGGUGCUCGGCAGGCUGGCAGGGCUGUGCGGAGCGGGGGGAUCCCGGGGAGCCGGGGGGAUCCGGGGGAGCCGGGGGGAUCCCAGGGAACCGGGGGGAUCCCGCUCUCGCAGCCCUUGGCAGCGCUCGGGCUCCUGUUGUGCAAUGUUGUAGUAACACCGCGCGUCAACAGGCGAGCGCCUCAUCCUCAAGGCGUACGGAGGAAGGGAAGAGCGUGUCUCUCUCUCAGGGUGUGGAAUUAAUGCUUCCAAAGAAGCGGGUUUUGGAGUCCAUGUGGUGGAACUUGGAUCUUGCAGGGAUGUUUCUGUGGGAGGGGAAGUGACAGGUGGUUUGUGUGGAUGUGAACAAGCAGCGUGAAGGAGCAGCCUCUCGGGGAAAGCCGUGUGUGGAUUAGAAGGGAGCACCCAUUUUGGCAAGCCCGCAGCUCUCCAAGAUGCUGGUGGGGAUUUUCAGUCCUGCUGGGUGGUUUUGCUCCCAGCUUGAAACAAAGACAAACCCAGAGAAUCCCUGCUCAUGCACAACUGGACCGUGGUUCCUGGGUGGAGUGAAGUGGAGAGCUGCCAGCAUGAAGUGCCAUGGCUGCCAAGGCAGGCCACCUGUUAGAGCAUGUUUGGAACCUGCUGGAGGAUAUCCUGUGAGCCUACACCUUCCUCCCAUCAGCCUCGUGGCUCGCGCUCACCUGGAAAUUUUAUCUGCUUUGUCUCAACCUUCUCAUUCAGCCUCUCCCCCGUGUUUGCCUUGCAGGAUGUCUGUGUGUUUGCAAGGUGUAACAGGGCUGCUGAGCUCUGCAGCUGUUGUGUCCCCGAGCAUGGAGAGGGCACCGUUGGCACUGGCAGCGUGGAGGUGUCCUGUCCUGUCCUGUCCUGUCCUGGACUUCUCAGGGCUGUGCCAGCUGCCAUCACUGUGUUGGGGACAGCAGCCGUGCUGCUGGGCGCUGCUGCCUGCCCCGUGCUCGCGGUGGUCGUGGCUGAUGGUGACAGCAGAGGAGAGGAGGGAGAAAAUGUCCGCUCUGAUGUGCUGCAGAGCAGGCUCUGCUGUGCAGCCCAGCACGCUCAGGAGCCUCAAACAGCUCCUUGCACGCUGCUCUGCCAGGGUGUCCGGGUGGUCUGGGGCACUCUCACCACCAGGAUCCUCCAGGAACCCCUCCUUUGCCUCACCUGUGGGAUUCUCGUGUGUGAUGCCCCUGCAGAGCCGGGCUCAUUCAGCUGCUGUGUGGCCAAACGAGAGCGUGGUGGGUCCAGGCAGGUGCACAGUCGGGUUUACAGCCCUUGGUUAUCUGUUAAUCAAACAAGGAUGGCUCAGGAGCAGCAGACUCCUGUCCGAGGUGAUGUUUUGUACCUGCUGGAGCCCAGGCUGGGUUCCCUGGCCAGGCAGGGUUUGCUCUGGAGGUUUGCCCCACUGAAGGACUGGCCUCGCUGCCUCACUGGGGUGUCACCAGGGGCUGGAGAAUGUGCUGAGCCACACAUGGCCAGGCAGUCUUGGCUGAGGCUCCUCAAUUGUCUAGGGUCAGUUCCAUGAGGCUGGAAGAAGCCCUGCAGGAGGCAAGGGGAGUUCUUGGGCACAGGUGAGGGAUGGUGCACUCAGAGACUCCCCAAGCCAGCAGAAGAGACGAUGAGACUGCAGCAAAGCGUGUCUCCCAUCCAGCCAGCCUCUGAAUCAGCACCGGAUUUGGGAAGGGCCAUCCAGACCAGAAUGGCGAGGGCUGGAAAUCUCUCCUCUCUCAUUUAGAAGCACGAGGCACAACAACAGGCACAUUAAUAGCCAGAUUGAUGCUGACGUGAAAUGGCAGAAGAGCACAUCUAUGCAGAGCUGGAAAUGUCCAUUCACACAUGCACGCUCUCAAACGCCCCGGGCAGCGGAGCGCUGCUGUCACGGUCUGGGGGGCUUUGCAAAGAAACCAGAGAUUUUAACUAGGUCUGAUCUUCGGGAGAUGCCCCGAGGACUCCUGACGGAAGGCGAAGGCUGCCCGGAAUUGCGCUGUGAUGGCUGAGACCUGACAGGGCAGAGCAAUGCAAAACAAUGGAAAGGAAAAGGGGACUUGGAGAUCCAGCGGCGCUACAGAUUCACCUGCCUUGCUCUGGCAGGGUUUGCUGAGCCAGGCAGGAGGGACUGGGUCUGCCUGCCCGGAUUUGCCUGCUCCUCUCCCUCACCCGGGCUCCAUGCACGCACACACACACCAAGAGGGUGGGAAUGGGCAAGGAGGGAUCAUCCAGGAGGAAGAGGCUGAGGAGGAGCCGUGGCUGGGCUCGGCACGGGGGGAGUGCUGGCUGUGCGCGUGGCAGGGCGGCGGCAGGGCCGUGAAUCAUCCGUGGGUGUGGGUGGCUCCCAGCUCCUGCUGCCAGGCUGGCACCCUGCCCGUCACCCGGCCUUGUGGGUGUCACCGCCGGCUGCUCUGGGCAGCGAGAACUGACCCUCACCGUGGGGCAGCUCCAGCCCUGGCUGGGUUAAUCCCCCAGCCCACUCUCAUCCGCAUCCUCCCAGAGAACAGCAAAAACUCCGCGUGCUUCCUCGCUCGGUGUGGCUGCUUCCUGCCCCCUGAGCCUCUCACAAAUCCCUGCUGCCUCCUCCAACCACCGGCUCUGCUGUGGGGGUAGGGAUGGUGGGAAGAGGUCUGGUAUCCCUCAGAAAGCAGCAGGUUGAGCUGGGAUGGGAGGGAAGGCGAGUCCUGGACGCUGCUGCUGCUGCCCCGCCUCUCUCCGUGUUCCACCGGAUCUCGCAGUUUUAACAGGAAACCCCCAUGUUUUGGUUGAGUCACAGGCAUUGCACUGCCCGUGGUGACUCCAAACUUUGUGUCACCAAUGGGGAGAAAACAAGGAAAGAUCUGGGCCGUGGGACGUGGCAGCUGCUGUUUUCCUCUCCUUUCCUGUGCCAAGGCGCAGCUGGAGUCAGCAGGAGGGAAGGCAGGAGCGGGGAGAGCGGCAAACCCGCGGCAGUGCUCGCUCUUCUCACUUUAUUUCAGCUUCAGGAAGAAGUGGGUGGGCCAGCUUGGAGCAACCCAAAAAACCUGUGGCUCUUUGCAAGGCAUAUGCUCCCUUGGAGGAGAGCUGCGCUCGUCUGCGCGGCGGAGCGCCGUGUUUGCCUUCGGAGCAGGGACACUGCCAGCCCUGGCGGUUCACUCGUGCAGAGAUAAGUGUGUGAAUUCUAGGAACUGAGAUGGAAAAACAAAGAGCAUAUGUGUGCUGCGAGCUUGGCUCGGCCCAGCAGCGAACUCCGCCGCGCUACGUGCGAGAAGCCAAACGCUGAGCAAGGGGGUGUGAGGGGCUGGGCAGGGCCCAGUGCCACGUGGAGGGGCUCAGGGCAGGAAAUAACGCAAAAUUCCCGGAGUGUGUUCUUCAGGGAGUGAUCCAGCAGCAGGCAAAUAGCAGCAAAACAGUAAAAAUCUGAUGAAUGAUUUGUUUGAGGAAUAUGGGAGCCAAUUAACAUUGCCAAUUAAUAUCGAUCACAGCACCAGACCGUGAGCUGGGUCACAGCCCCUGUGCACACACAGAGCCCUCCGAGGGGUAAAAUGACUGAUUUUGCAGCUUCCAACGUGAAAGAAAGGACAUGUGCAGCUCGAAGUGACUGUGUCACCAGCUGUGGCUUCUUUGUGUGUGUUUCUAAGACCUGGUAAUUACCCAAAAUGUGCAUCUCAGCAAACGAGGGGGUUUGUCUGGGAGCGCUCCCGUGCAGCCCCGUGCUGCACAAUGGCCCAGCAGCUGCAGCAGAGGAGGAUAAAACCCUCCAGUGUUCGGGUAAACACUUCGCCUUGGGAAUGGCAA